AGGCAGUCAAGCAUCGGAGGAGGAGGAGGAGGUGUUUUCAUCAAUCAUCAAUCAUCAUAAGAAGAAGAAGAAGAAUGAAGUAUGUUUUGGUGACGGGCGGAGUUGUUAGCGGUCUGGGGAAAGGGGUGACGGCCAGCAGCGUAGGUGUCCUUCUCAAUGCAUGCGGCCUUCGAGUUACUUCAAUAAAGAUUGAUCCUUACCUGAAUACUGAUGCUGGGACUAUGUCUCCUUUUGAACAUGGAGAGGUGUUUGUUUUAGAUGACGGUGGAGAGGUGGACCUAGACCUUGGAAACUACGAACGCUUCCUGGAUAUCAAAUUGACACGUGACAAUAAUAUCACUACUGGAAAAAUUUAUCAGUCUGUAAUUGACAAAGAGAGAAGAGGAGACUAUCUUGGGAAAACUGUUCAAGUUGUCCCCCACAUAACAGAUGCCAUUCAAGAUUGGAUUGAGCGAGUGGCAGCCAUCCCAGUGGAUGGAAAAGAAGGGCCAGCUGAUGUGUGCGUCAUUGAAUUGGGUGGUACAAUAGGGGACAUAGAAUCAAUGCCAUUCAUUGAGGCUUUGGGACAAUUCUCUUACCGUGUUGGUUCGGGCAACUUUUGCUUGAUACAUGUCAGCCUUGUGCCUGUUUUGAACGUUGUUGGUGAGCAGAAAACUAAACCCACUCAGCAUAGUGUCAAAGGACUUAGAAGCUUGGGAUUGAUGCCAAAUAUUUUAGCUUGCCGCAGCACAGCGGAACUCGAAGAGAAUGUGAAGCGAAAACUUUGUCAGUUUUGCCAUGUCCCAGAAGAAAACAUACUCACUUUGUAUGAUGUUUCCAACAUCUGGCACGUUCCUUUACUUUUAAAAGAUCAGAAGGCACACGAAGCAAUCUCAAAAGUCCUGAACCUUGGUAUCACCAGUGAGCCUCAUUUGUCGGAGUGGACAUCCAGAGCCGAGCUCUGUGAUAUGUUGCAAGAAUCCGUCAGAAUUGCUAUGGUUGGAAAAUAUACUGGACUUUCGGAUUCCUAUCUUUCUGUGUUAAAGGCCCUUUUGCAUGGUUCUGUGGCAUGCGGCAGGAAACUUUGUGUUGAUUGGGUUCCAUCCAGUGACCUUGAAGAUGCAACUGCUACCGAGAAUCCUGAUGCUUAUAGAAAGGCGUGGAGCUUGUUGAAGGGUGCAGAUGGGGUUCUUGUUCCUGGAGGAUUUGGUGACAGAGGAGUACAAGGGAAAAUUUUGGCUGCAAAAUAUGCUAGGGAAAAUAAGGUUCCAUAUUUUGGGAUAUGCCUAGGAAUGCAAAUUGCUGUCAUUGAGUUUUCACGAUCAAUUAUUGGGUGGAAAGAUGCAAACAGCACUGAGUUUGAACCAAACACUAAGAACCCUUGUGUCAUAUUUAUGCCCGAGGGGUCAAAAACCCAAAUGGGCGGUACAAUGCGUCUUGGAUCUAGGAGGACUUAUUUUCAUGUGGCAGACUGUAAAAGUGCAAAACUAUACGGAAACAAGAGCUUUAUUGACGAGAGACAUAGACAUAGAUACGAGGUGAACCCGGAUAUGGUAGAAAAACUUGAAGAAGCUGGCCUCUCAUUUACUGGUAAAGAUGAAAGUGGUCGACGAAUGGAGAUUGUUGAGCUUUUAGGCCAUCCAUUCUUUAUCGGUGUCCAAUUCCAUCCCGAGUUCAAAUCUAGACCUGGGAAACCGUCGCCUCUCUUCUUAGGGUUCAUUGCAGCUGCCUGCGGACAGUUAGAUGCAGUGUUAAGAAAGGGUGUGGGGAAAGCAGCAAAUGGGAUCGGUAAUGGCACCAACAAGUCGUCGUCGUCGUCUCGUCACUAUGGAAAUGGAAACAAGGCUACUCGUCCACUUGUUGACAUUAUCUAUAGCAAUGGAAACGGCGUGCAUUACUAGUCUAAACUCUCAAAAAUGUUGUUCAGUUUUGAUUGAUUUAUUUAGGAACUUUUGUAUGUACAUACAGCCCUCUCCUGCUUUGUUAUGGCUCUUCAAAUGAGACCAAAAAUGGCUUUCAAUUCCGGUUUUUUUGAACGGAAUUAUGGGCUUCUUCUGCUUGUUUGCUUGAUGUAGUUACUACUCUCAAUUGCUGCUGCUGUUGCACUUUCAUGAUUGUAUCAAUUUACUAGUAGUACUUUAUGCCUUUUAUUUUCA